AUGGACGCCGUAGACCUGAAGCCUGCUUCGGUCCCAGGAGGAAUCAAAGCGUACUAUCAAGCCAAGAUUGAAGCAGCCGAACUCACAAUCAACCAAAAAACACAGAAUUUGAGGCGACUAGAGGCACAACGAAAUGCGUUAAAUGCGAGAGUCCGUUUGCUACGAGAAGAACUCCAGUUAUUACAUGAACCUGGCUCCUAUGUUGGUGAAGUCGUCAAAGUCAUGGGCAAAACCAAGGUUCUAGUCAAAGUUCAGCCGGAAGGAAAAUAUAUUGUCGACCUCGACUCUGAAAUCGACAUCAAUUCCCUGACUCCAAAUCUUCGCAUCGCUCUCCGUUCCGACUCGUACACCAUCCACAAAAUCCUCCCUAACAAGAUCGAUCCCCUCGUAUCGCUCAUGAUGGUCGAAAAGGUACCAGACUCGACGUAUGAAAUGGUUGGUGGUUUGGACAAGCAAAUCAAAGAAAUAAAAGAGGUCAUAGAGCUGCCCGUCAAACAUCCUGAGCUCUUCGAAAGUUUGGGUAUCGCUCAGCCCAAAGGUGUACUCUUGUAUGGGCCUCCCGGAACAGGUAAAACCCUCCUCGCAAGGGCCGUCGCGCACCACACAGACUGUAAAUUCAUCCGGGUGUCUGGAUCUGAGCUCGUUCAGAAAUAUAUUGGAGAGGGCUCGAGGAUGGUUCGUGAGCUUUUUGUCAUGGCACGAGAACACGCACCGUCAAUCAUAUUCAUGGACGAAAUCGAUUCUAUUGGGUCAUCGCGUGGAGAAAGUGGUAGUGGUGGAGGAGACUCGGAGGUCCAGAGAACAAUGUUAGAGUUGCUCAACCAGCUAGAUGGGUUUGAGAGCACGAAAAACAUCAAGGUUAUCAUGGCUACUAAUCGAAUCGACAUUCUUGAUUCUGCUCUCCUUCGACCUGGUCGUAUCGAUCGAAAGAUCGAGUUCCCACCGCCUGGCCCUGAAGCUCGAGUGUCCAUCUUGCGUAUUCACUCUCGAAAGAUGUCGCUUCAACGAGGGAUCAAUUUGCGCGCGCUAGCGGAGAAGAUGGGUCAGUGCUCCGGAGCUGAAGUGAGAGGUAUUUGUACAGAGGCUGGCAUGUACGCCCUUAGGGAACGUCGGCAACAUGUUACACAGGAGGACUUUGAAUUUGCUGUUGCAAAGGUCUUGAAAAAGAACCAAGAAGGUAAUACAUCGGUCAACAAGCUCUUCUCAUAA